AUGCCGCAAACCAAGAAGCAGAAAGAGAAGCAAAUGAAAGACUUUAAGAAAGUCAAACUGAAAGUUGGAAAAACUUUGAAGAAAACCAACACUACGGAUACCACAAUUAAAAGCAAAAGAUUAGUUCUCGCAUCUCAAUUGGAAGAGAAAAAAGAAACUGGAGAAAAGCCUUUAUCUUACCGUGGGCUUUCAUUAGAUGAAUUAUGUAAACAACUAGGCCAUUUUAAUAAGAGCAUAAGAAAAGAUGCUCUUACAGGAGCAAAGCAACUUCUCACUUCUCGUCCAGAUUUGAUAGCCAUUCAUCUGCGCACUUUAAUUCCAUCUGUUGCUCGAUUAUUAAGUGAAACUAAUGAUAACCAAAUUGCGGUUCCAUUAAAGAAUUUAUUGACUGUGAUAUGUACGGCUCCUGCUCAUGCGAUGAGUGCUCACUUUACAUUAUUUAUCGCUCAUAUUCUUAGAGCAUUGACACAUAUGGAAAUGAGCAUUCGAAAUCUUGCUGUGACUGUUCUCUCAAUGGUUAUGACAUCAUACCCUAAAUUGUGUGGAACCAGUAUGGAUCUGUUUCAAUCGUUUGUGAAGUUCCUGGGUAGCCCUAGAAAACCUGCAUGGAAUUCUCCUAAGUUUUUGGAGACUCUUCAUAUAUUUAUGAAAGUGUAUGACUGCAGCAGUGCAGGAUGCAACAUCGCGCUUCAAGAGAAGACCCUAUCUUUUGAAACCAACACCACAAACUCUCAAGUGGAUAUGGUUAAAAUGUUUAAAAAAGUUAAUCCUUUCGAUUUCCCUGUGGUUAGCACUUCUGUUACUGCAAACGCUUCGCCUUUUGAGUUACCAGAAUCAAUACUGUCAUUGAGUGCAGUUUUGUGUCCCUUAUUAACGGCUGUUAUACUUGAAGACACCGCAGGCAAGAACCUUACUGUAACGCUAUCCAUUCUUCGAACGGUUUCAUGGACGGUUGAUAAUCAGCCAAAUGCUUUUAUAGUUAAAGAUUUUGAACGCAAGCUCUACGGCUACUGGAGUACGGUCAAAAAAGCGGCCCAAGUCCGGAAGUGCAAACAAAUACUUGAAGCUACCGCAUGGAUUAGGUGA